GCCGGUUCCGCAGCGUUGGGCGCUUCCCUUCCUUCUGUCCCGAGAACAGCACCCACAGCCGCCCGUCAUGGUGCACUGGAGCGCCGAGGAGAAGAGCGCCAUCACCUCCGUCUGGAGCAAGGUGGACGUGCCGGCCAUCGGCGCCGAGGCCCUCUGCAGGCUGCUGAUCGUCUACCCCUGGACCCAGCGCUUCUUCACCAGCUUCGGCAACCUAAGCAACGCGGCGGCCAUCCAGAGCAAUGCGCAGGUCAAGGCCCACGGCAAGAAGGUCUUCACCGCCUUCGGGGACGCCGUCAAGAACCCCGAGGGCGUCAAGGACACCUUCGCCAAGCUGAGCGAGCUGCACUGCGACAAGCUGCACGUGGACCCCGUCAACUUCAAGCUGCUGGGCCAAAUCCUGAUCACAGUGCUGGCGACCCACUUCGGGAAGGAAUUCACCCCGCACGUCCAGGCCUGUUACCAGAAGCUGGUGUCGGUGGUGGCCCACGCCUUGGCCCACCGGUACCACUAGGCCUCCUCCGCAGCGGCUGCGCCCGCCCUUCGUCCCCUCCGACGGGGCCACUCCAGACCCCCGACCUGCUCAGACAAUAAAAGUCACCGUUUGCAGACUGAA